AUGGCCCAGGAGCCUCAUCCUCUGACACUGGCUCAGUUCUGUGGUACAGGAUAUGCUUGCUCCAUGACAGAGACAGAGGAGCCCCUCAGCUCUGGAAAUAGACUUCGAGAGAACAGCCAUACAGUCCUGGCUCAGCGCUGCGGGCUUACAGUACAAGUACCUGAUGCAUAUGACUUGCAAGAUGAAAGCUCUCCCACCUACCAAGACUUUUGGGAAACUAUUACUAAAUUUUUUGAAAAUGCGUUUAAUGGCACAGAUUACAAACAGACUGUAAUUUAUACAGUAAGCACACCUUCUCCAGAAACAAGAACUGUACAAGUGGCUGUAAAAGUGGUGAACAUUUUUGAAGAGAAAACAACUGAAACUGAGUCAAGUGUAUCUACUAAAAUUAAGACUGAACUAGAAAAAAACCCAAGGAACAUUUUAGUAUAUUCAUCGCAAGAUCAGUGUGAAUAUUAUGGUUGUAAAAAUACUCAGGAUAAUUGCAGCAGUAGUUCAAACUGUGAGUGUAAAGAUGGGCUGCAGAGACCGUACCCACAGUCCCGUUUUUGUAUUGCUUUACAGUGUUCUGCGGACUGCAAAGCAGAGAACAACAAGCAGUGCUUGAAGCAGAGAACCGGGAAGCUGGAGUGUGUGUGCCUGCCAGGGUACAAGAUGGAUAGUUCCAACUGCCAAAAGUGUCCAUUCGGUUACAGUGGAAUGAACUGUGAAGACCAAUUUCAGUUGAUCCUCACUAUUGUGGGCACCAUCUUGGGCGUCUUUGUUCUCAGCCUGGUGAUUGCAUUGAUUGUCACAACGAGAUCAACAAAUAGGAAGAAGAACACUGAAGAGCAGCACUUGAUUGAGAAUGACUUCCAGAAUCUGCGGCUGCAGCAGACUGGCUUCAGCAAUCUGGGAGCUGGAGGCAGCCUCUUCCCUGAGGUCAAGACGGAAGCUUCUCGAGGCUAUCGGUCCUCAAAUCCCUACAUAAACCAGUAAAACACUCCUGGCCCUACUGCUGAAUGAUGAAAAUUGGGAACCUCCACAGCCCUAGCCCAUUUAUAAGCUACUAUUUGGAGAUCUGAGAAGGCCCUGGAGAAGCAUGCAUGGUACAGGCUCAAUCAUGGACACCCGC